AUGACGGCCAUUGUGCACUGCCUACGCAUGUGGAGACACUAUUUACUAGGCUCCAAGUUCGUGGUCAAGACCGACAAUUUUGCCACUAGCUACUCUCUGUCCCAAAAGAAUAUCACCCCGAAGCAAGCUAGAUGGAAAGAUUUUCUAGCAGAGUUUGACUAUGUUUUGGAGUACAAGCCAAAAAGAGGCAAUGUCUUGGACGACGCACUAUGUAGGAAGGCCGAGCUUGCUACCAUCACUACAGCUCACUGUGACAUUCAAGAUGCAAUCAAGGAUGGCAUAAAACACGAUCCAAAGGCCAAGAAGCUGAUGGAUUUGGAUGCCCAAGGCAAAACCAGGCGCUUUUGGGUAGAAAAUGGCUUCUUGCUCACUAUUGACUUGUCUUGUGUACAAACAAGACAAGGUGGAGCAAAGGCAGCCGGGAGAGCUACUAGAGCCACUGCCCGUAGCAGAACUCCCAUGGAGAGCGUGACCAUGGACUUCAUCACUUCCUUGCCAAAGUUCGAUGGGUUUGGUACGAUCAUGGUUGUGGUAGACAGAAUUUCAAAGUAUUCUACCAUUCAUGCCUGCCACAGUCGGUUGCACCGCAAAGGAAGCUGCUCGAUUAUUCUUCAAGAAUGUGGUGAAAUAUUGGGGGCUGCCGAGACAUAUCAUUAG